AUGGACGGCGUCUGCACUCUCGCGCUGGCGCUCCUCGCCGCCUCCGCCCUGGCCAUCGGCGCUAUAUCCUGCCGUACAUACGUGGUGGAUUUUUUGUGCUCGAGGGUACAACCUACCAUGUUGAUGCUGUUCAUUCGCAGCCUUCGGGUACGACGUCGGGGCAUCGCCUGUGAGCAAUUCUGGGCUGUAUUAUCUCGAAUUAAUACCCUGUAUGCGGAUACAGUACAGGGUACACAGUGCAUGAUUUUCAAGGAAAAGGGUAAAGACGAGACAGGUAUGAGUAGUAACAGACAACUAGCAGUACUUGUGGAACCAUCUAUAAUUACACUGAAUUUUGCAAAAUCAAAAUCAUGCGCUUUCAAGAAGGAAGUCAUCAGAGAUGAUGAGUCCAUAAUGUAUGGAAUCCAAACCGACGUCCUUAAACCCGGCACGACUGAGGAGUACGUGCGUUACGCCUUCCCUCUCAACAACACAACUCUGCUCAGCUCUUUUACCGUCUGCAUCCGCACGAAGAUUAUCCAGUACAGGGAAGUCGUGCCAAUUUUUUCGUACGCGUUCUCAGACAGGGCCGACAAUGCAUUAAUGAUGUUCCAGUCACGAGCACAGCUGGAUUAUUAUAUAAAUGAUCAGAAAGUGUCGUCUGGGCUGAAUCUGAGGCUCGAUGACAGACUCUUUGUGUGGCAUCUAUACUGCAUGGUUAUCACUCACCCAGCCUACUGGAUCUACGUCGACGGCAAGCUGCUGAAGGAGGACCGCCUCACGACGCCCAGCACGGACAUCCCCCUCAACGGGACGCUCUACAUCGGCCAAGAGCAAGACCGCUACGACGGCGGGACUGACCCCGACCAGACCCUCAGUGGCUUCGCGGCUCAGUUUAACUUCUGGGACUACGUAUUGGAAGAAAGAACCAUAAAGAAUCUUGCCGGAUGCCUUGAGAACUUGAGGGGAAACGUGCUGUCAUCAGAUUUUGCCACGUUUGAUCAGCCCGGAGUGACAAGCGAAAUCGUCCCCUUGCAAUCACUCUGCACUGAGGAGCCAAUGUUUGUGGUGUUCCCCCUCAGACGGCAGGUGACGGGAGCGCGUAUCUUUUGCGGCAUCCUUGACGGCAUGUUUUUCGUUCCUGAAGACGAGAAAACCAACAACCGGUUGCACGAGGAAACCAACAUGUUUGCGGAAGUUUGCGAUUUCAAAAGCUACAGGCGACUGCUUCUGGCUGGUACCGACGAGGAGCAGGAAGGCGUCUGGGUUAACUUUAACACUGGCAAACGGCUUGAGUUUACUUCAUGGUUUGAUGGUGAACCUAACAAUGGAAAGAACGAUAACUGCGUCGUUUUACGAAACGACCUGCCUCAAUGGGGCGAUAUCAACUGUGAAUACAGCAACUGCUUUUCAUGUGGCAUGUCAAGUAAAAACUACUUCUUUAUACGAGGGCUGUGUAAGCCUGAUGAACAUCGAAUUCGUUUCAUAAUGGAUGGGUAUGUGAACGAUCGGCCUUACUUCAGGGGUUACUACGGCAUGGCCAUCUUUAAUGUUGGCGAAGGAACAUGGGUUUUCAAGGACACAAUGGCCAACUUAACACUGGCCACCAUGACCAUGGAGCAGCCAGAAGAGUAUCCGCUCGGACGAACUGUGUGGGACGUUCUGGAGCCUUUCUGUGACUUCGCUGUGGGAGACAAGUUAAGACUGGGUUUGUCACCGUGCACCAUCGAAGAGUUCAUGUGUUCUGACGGCUCGUGCGUUCCCAGGAACGUCCGUUGUAACCUGAGGGAGGACUGCGUCGACGGAAGUGACGAGAACGACUGUGGAAUCGUCCUGUUCAGCGGCAGGUACGCCAGUCACCGGCCUCCCCCCGGGAGGACCUACCGGGAGGUGUUGUACAUCCAGCCCCACGUCCACAUCGUCAGGUUCUCCAAGAUCGACGACAUCAACCUCGCCUUCUACAUGGAGUUCGAAGUCCACCUGACUUGGACUGACCGGAACCUGAAGUUUAAGAACAUUAAGGAGGAGGAAGACAAAAACAAGUUGUCGACGGAAGAGGUUGAUUCCAUUUGGACGCCAGAAAUUGAGUUUCUGAAUGUGAACGACGGUCUGUUGAAGAAGCUGAAGUCAAAUGUGUACGCACGUCAGACGGGCGAAGCAGAACCCCCGGAUUUCAAUGACGCCAUGAUGGAGACGGUCUACCUCCCCAACAACGUCGCCCUCAACGAGAGUGUUAUUUACACCGGUCUCAUGACGCUCCCGAAGUAUGACAUACAGAAGAUCACCUCUAAUCUCAGCGUGAAUUCCGACUACGCCGUUUUGGAGGUAGAAUUCACGCUGGAGAGGCGCUGGAGUCUGCUAGUGUUGACGAUCUUCAUCCCCACGAUCCUCCUGCUGGGCAUCGGCUACGUCACCCUCUUCAUUCGCCUUGCGGAAUUCGAAGUACGAGCAGUCAUGACGCUGACAACACUGCUGGUGCUGUACACCCUCUUCAACCAGGUGUCCAGCGACCUCCCCGACACCGCUUACAUCAAGAUGAUCGACACCUGGUUCUUCUUCUGCAUCUUCCUCAUCUUCGCUGUGAAUGUCCUACAUGUUUUGGUGGAACACCUCCCAGCAACCGAGAACAACAUUAUCAAAAUUUCUCCAAAUUCCGACAACGUCCGGGUUUCAAAACUGAGGAAGAUAACUGGCCCUUGGACUAUGAGGACAAUGAGGGUGGUCGCCUUCCCAAUCGUCGUGUUCGUCUUCAACUUGGUAUUCUGGCUGACCAUCCUUGCUGUGGGCUAACGCGGGGAAGCGAAACCCAGCGCAUGCGCGAAGGCUCACCGGAACCUCAGUUUGGCUUGAGGUGGACCACGACUCAAGGAGAUGUUUUGAUGGCGAUGAAAAUGAUGUCGGUAGUAAAGACUUUCAAAACUGCUUUUACACAUCUGUAUAUGCUUCUGUAUAUGCACACACAUACACACAUAUAUGUGUGUAUAUGUAUAUAUAUAAAUAUGUAUAUGUAUCUACAUGUACAUAUAUGUA